AUGAUUUGGCAAUUCUUUAAAAAUAGGUUUAGCAACCUAAAAAUGAGAGAUUAGAUUUUUUUGGUUAAGAUUUUAGCUUUUUCAAUCAGUUUCUUAUUGAUUGGCUCAUUUUAUAUUGUUUAGAAAAAUGUAAUAAUAGGAAUAUACGAAAACUCCUCUACAACCGUUCUGCAAAGUCAAGACAGAGCAGCGCUUAAGCUCUUUCUUCCGUAACUCAAUCAAUAUCUAAUAUCUAAACAGCAUCAACGUAAUCUUUAAUUAAUACUUUAGGAAUUUAACUUCUAACAAGCUUAGGAACACUUUAUUAAUAAUUAGGCAAUUACCAUAUCUCAGAAUAAUACAAAGAUCCAAUUUGGUGUUAACCUCUAGAGGAGAAGAGUUUUUUAUUUCAGAUUCCAGAGCCUUGUUUAUCUUGCUAUCGUUGUAAUGAUGUCAAUAAAUUACAAUCAAAUCAAAAAUAUUAAGAUCUAUCGAAAUUCUCAAGAUUAUUAUCUGAGUAUAUCCUCAUAUUUGAUACUUUAUAACACAAUAGAAUCUUUUAUGCUGCUACUGAAGACAUUUCAAUUGGAUUUAUUUAUCCUUAAGUCAUAUACGAUUAGUCAUUCGUACCUUAAUAGAAGAAUUGGUAUUUAAAUCAUGUAGAGAAGUAUUAAUAGGAUAAAAAUUAGAAAUAUCACUUCUCAUAGCUCUACUUUUCGAGCACCGAAUUUAUCUACAAAUAAACCAUAACUUAUUCUUUAGAAAAUUAAUACACUUAAAGCUUAGAUGCAGUUGCUGGUACUGAUAUAGAUGCAGAGGAUCCUGACAUGAAAUUGGUUUAAGCAAACACGUAUUUGAUUAAUGAACAAGGUCAGAUCAUCUAUAGAAAUGUAAAUUUGAAUCUCUCUGUCACUGAACUUAAUUUUAUUUAUGAAGAAAAUAAAACAGGAUUCAAUCAAACUGAUUGGGGUGAGAUCUUAAAUUUUGCUAAGAAUUCUCCAAGCAUUUCGAAUUGCUAAGAGAAUGAAAAAUAAAUAUUAUGUAGAUAUAAUUCCAUUUAUAAGAAACCCAUUAAAAUUGUAGCCAAUCAGAUUCCUGGCAAUUUCACAUUGAUGAUGUAAAUUUCAGUUAUUACUUUAGGUUUACUAAUGUUAGUUUUGAACACUUAUUGCAAUAAAAUUUCUUAUCUUUAGAGCUCAAUGUUUAAAAAGUGAAUGAAUAAACUUUCUAUACUUAAAUCAUUACAUCUUGCUCUUUGAUUUCGAUUUCCAUGGUUAUUGUUAUUUUAAUGUUUCGCCCAAUCCUAAGAGUUAUGGUAGCCGCUAAAACUUAUAUUAAAAAAAUGGGUAAUAAUUUGGAUAAGGAAAUAUUUAAACUCAAGAAUCCGAAAAAAAAUGAUAAAGGUAUUUUCAAUAAUUUAGAGGUUUAAAUUGUCAAUUUCAGUGACAUCUUGUCAAGAAGUUAAUAAUAAAAAGGAAACAUCUGUAAAUAAAUUGAAGACUAUCAAUAUCAAAAAAAAAUAACCUAACUAACUCAAAUUGAAUUAUUGUCUGAGUUUGAUAAAACCAAAUUAAAUACCCAUUUAUCUACUUCAACUAACUAUUUGCAAUUAAUGAUUUCUCAAUUAUUAAAAUAAUUUAAUUAAUAUAACCAUUGUGUCUAAAAAAAUUGA